GUGCCACUGAGGCUUCUGGAGGCAACUGACCCUGGAGCCAGCCUUUCGAAACAGACACUAGAGCACAGCCAUACAGGCUACAGCAUAGUGCUGUUAUUGUGGACCUGAACCAGGCCGCCUCUCACUGCAAUGGAGAUCCCAAGUGUCCGGCAGCUGCUCCCUCACGUCGGAGAGGAGAAGUACCAAAUGCUGGAGCUGAACAAGAGGCUGGAGUCAUACUUGGGCCGUGUGAAGCUGCUGGAGGAAGAGAAUCAGCUUCUACGGGGGGAGAUCCAGGCACUUCAGAGGAACAGAGAUACCAAAGGUCAAAGGCAAGCCCACGAAGAAGCCCUCAACCUGGCCAGGAGAGAGGCACAGGCUGCCUGGAUGAAGAAGGAUCGCGUGGAGCUGGAGGUGAGCAACCUCGUAGAGGAGAUGGAAGUGCUGAAUGCACAGAGACAAAAAGAGAGGGCAGCGCAGGCCAAAGCUAAGAGAAAACUAGCAGAAUACAAGAAGAUGAUGGAGGACGAGUGGAGGACGCAGAUUUGGCUAAGAGAGCAGGCUGCUCACCUUGAGAAUGAGGUUUCGCUGCAGGUGCAGGUCCACCAGGAGGAGAUGGCAAGCCUGAAGUCCACAAGUGCCCUCUCAAAGCCUAUACUACUGGCUCCUCAGCACGGCCAAACCAUCAGCCUCCAGGGCCUGGGGGAAGAGUACUCCCAAAGAGCGGCCCUGGCAUGGCAGGUGGCAGCAGGUGUGUAUCAAAGACAGGUAGAGCAGCUGGAGGACAGCCUGAACCAGGCCAGAGCUCACAUGGCACAGAUCAACCAGGAGAAGAAGGAGAAUCAGCUAUAUGUGCAAGAUUUAGCCAAAGAGCUGGAGAGCACAAAAGUCAAGAGGGAGCUGCUGGAGAAGAACAUAACCCAGCAGAGAGAGAGGCAGAAUCAAGAGCUUCAACAACUUCAGGUUGAGGUGGAGGCUCUGGAGUCAGAGAAAGUGGAUCUUGGGGAGCAGAUAGGUGAUCUGCUGGUUGAUACACGUGACCUGCUGCAGACGAAGAUGCGUCUGGGGCUGGAAGUGGCCACUUACAGAGCUUUGUUGGACAGCGAGAGCCUGAGAGUUAACGGCCAAUCAACAAGGAAGACCAGCAUCCGGACAGAAUCUCUUUUAGAAGCGCUUUCCAAGCCCCAUGGGAUUCAUCCAGGCACUCAGACCAUCUCAGCUUCCUCUCUCCUCAGCAGUCCACUGACUACCUCUAGAUCAAUCACACAUUCUAAAGCCAAUCUCAUGACUCCCACUCCUUCAUGGAGCCUGACACGAAGCACACAGGAGACACCCAAGAGGCUGCAGAAUGGUGAAAAGGAAGAAGGCAUAAGUAAAGGGACAGCAACAUUUCAAAUGACAUCCAUAGUUACAUCGACAAGGUCUCUCACUGGAACAGGCUUGGUUCCUUUCACACCUGAGAAAGCUCAUGAAGAAGUGAGCUGUACUACUGCUGUUUCUGAUCGUGUGGUUCCUCCAGCUGUAGAUGAGCCAGAUUCCAUACCAAGUGCACAUAUUAAAGAAGACUUAGAGGAGCCCACACUCAGUGCACAUGUUCCAGAAGACUUGCAGGAGCCCACACUCAAUGCACAUGUUCCAGAAGACUUGGAGGAGCCCACACUCAGUGCACAUGUUAAAGAAGACUUGGAGGAGCCCACACUCAAUGCACAUGUUCCAGAAGACUUGCAGGAGCCCACACUCAAUGCACAUGUUAAAGAAGACUUGCAGGAGCCCACACUCAGUGCACAUGUUAAAGACUUGCAGGAGCCCACACUCAGUGCACAUGUUAAAGACUUGCAGGAGCCCACACUCAGUGCACAUGUUAAAGACUUGCAGGAGCCCACACUCAGUGCACAUGUUAAAGAAGACUUGGAGGAGCCCACACUCAGUGCACAUGUUAAAGAAGACUUGGAGGAGCCCACACUCAGUGCACAUGUUAAAGAAGACUUGGAGGAGCCCACACUCAGUGCACAUGUUAAAGAAGACUUGCAGGAGCCCACACUCAGUGCACAUGUUAAAGAAGACUUGCAGGAGCCCACACUCAGUGCACAUGUUAAAGAAGACUUGGAGGAGCCCACACUCAGUGCACAUGUUAAAGAAGACUUGGAGGAGCCCACACUCAGUGCACAUGUUAAAGACGACUUGGAGGAGCCCACACUCAGUGCACAUGUUAAAGACGACUUGGAGGAGCCCACACUCAGUGCACAUGUUAUAGAAGACUUGGAGGAGCCCACACUCAGUGCACAUGUUAAAGAAGACUUGCAGGAGCCCACACUCAGUGCACAUGUUAAAGAAGACUUGCAGGAGCCCACACUCAGUGCACAUGUUACAGAAGACUUGCAGGAGCCCACACUCAGUGCACAUGUUAAAGAAGACUUGCAGGAGCCCACACUCAGUGCACAUGUUAAAGAAGACUUGGAGGAGCCCACACUCAGUGCACAUGUUAAAGAAGACUUGCAGGAGCCCACACUCAGUGCACAUGUUAAAGAAGACUUGCAGGAGCCCACACUCAGUGCACAUGUUAAAGAAGACUUGCAGGAGCCCACACUCAGUGCACAUGUUAAAGAAGACUUGCAGGAGCCCACACUCAGUGCACAUGUUAAAGAAGACUUGCAGGAGCCCACACUCAGUGCACAUGUUAAAGAAGACUUGGAGGAGCCCACACUCAGUGCACAUGUUCCAGAAGACUUGCAGGAGCCCACACUCAGUGCACAUGUUAAAGAAGACUUGGAGGAGCCCACACUCAGUGCACAUGUUAAAGAAGACUUGGAGGAGCCCACACUCAGUGCACAUGUUCCAGAAGACUUGCAGGAGCCCACACUCAGUGCACAUGUUAAAGAAGACUUGCAGGAGCCCACACUCGGUGCACAUGUUAAAGAAGACUUGGAGGAGCCCACACUCAGUGCACAUGUUCCAGAAGACUUGCAGGAGCCCACACUCAGUGCACAUGUUACAGAAGACUUGGAGGAGCCCACACUCAGUGCACAUGUUAAAGAAGACUUGGAGGACCCCACACUCAGUGCACAUGUUAAAGAAGACUUGGAGGAGCCCACACUCAGUGCACAUGUUAAAGAAGACUUGCAGGAGCCCACACUCAGUGCACAUGUUACAGAAGACUUGGAGGAGCCCACACUCAGUGCACAUGUUAAAGAAGACUUGGAGGACCCCACACUCAGUGCACAUGUUAAAGAAGACUUGGAGGAGCCCACACUCAGUGCACAUGUUAAAGAAGACUUGGAGGAGCCCACACUCAGUGCACAUGUUAAAGAAGACUUGCAGGAGCCCACACUCAGUGCACAUGUUAAAGACGACUUGGAGGAGCCCACACUCAGUGCACAUGUUAAAGAAGACUUGCAGGAGCCCACACUCAGUGAACAUGGUAAAGAAGAUUUGGAGGAGAUCCUUACUGUGAAUCAAUCAAAGGCUAGACAGGAUACUUUUGGCCCUGAGGAAGCAGCAUUGAUUAGUUUGCCAGCUGGACAUCUGAGUAGCCUUCCCCAGACUCCAGAGGGAGAGGCGCCCUUUAAUCUACACACAGAGGAUACAAAGGGUUCAGAGGAUGGAGAAGAAGAGGAGACUGAGGUGUCUACUGAGAUGGCUCAAAUAUCACAUGCGCCGAUGUUUGCCUGGGAGGAAAAUGAUACAGCGAUACCAGAGGAGAAAGAUGUAGUCUCUGAGCUUGAGUCAGAAAACACCAGUGAAAACUACAUGCAAGAAUGUAGAAGAGACAAUACACUAACAGAUUUAAAACAGCUUGGUGAAGACAGUGAGAACCCAGCUUUGCCAUUAUUUGAACAGACAUCUUUGCAUUCCACAGAUGCAUUUAGCCAUGAUGAGAAAAAGAGUGAAAAUAAAACAUGGGCAGAUGAUGCAAAGGAGAGUGUUGCCAACAUCCCUGGAGUGGAGUCACUCGAAAGUGCACCUGAAGUAGAAAGAGAGUCAAUAGAAAGGUGGGAGGAAAUAGAUACGACUGCAGAAAUAGAAGAUGAAGCAGAAGUCGAAUGUUGUGGCACCGACGAGCAGGAAGGUCAUCAUUCUGAUGUUGAAUUGCAAGAAGAGGAGACAAAAAGUGAUUCCGAAACUGAAGAGAGUAAAGUGGAGGUGAGAAAAAAAGAGAAAGUGUCUGAUGGAGAAGAAGAGAAAGAGGAGGAAGAGAGGAAGAUGGAUGAAGAUAUUGCAGUUAUAGACGAAAACUUGGCUAGUGCCGGAAAAGAAGCUAUAGUACAGGACUCUUCUGCCUUAGAGCUUGAGGUUGAUCCACACAGAAAUUCAGAACAUACAGAGCAAAUGACUGACUUAGUGGUGGACACAUAUCAGGAAGACCAACUUUUAGUUGAGGAUCACGCAGAAGAGGAGCAGAUGCAGAGUGAUGAAGAUGAAUCAUUAAACAUCUCUGCUUCGUGGAGAACUGACCUUGGUGAGGCAGACAGCUACGCCCAGGAGAACACGCUAGCGGACACUCGUCCCCUCAUUCAUUACAAAAGUGAUGAAGAGACAGAUGCCAACACUCAGGUUUCUCAUAUGGGAGUGAGUGACAGUGAGGAAGAAAGGGAGAAACAUGAAGAGGUCCUCAUGUGGAGCCAGAACAUUGCCAAACGCUUUGAUACCAUGGAGGACCUGUCUGAUCAGCCUGAGAUCGCCUACUCAGACAACGUAGUAAUGGAGGAAUCGGCUCAAACUGUGGUAGAAGAGAACAUUGAUGAGAUAACCAAUGAGGAUUCUGUAGAGCCUGUGAGUGAGGACAUUCUUCAAGGUGAAAGUACUGAUGUGGACAUUAAUGUUGACUUACUGAAGGAUGAUACUUUGGUGGAUCUUGUAGAAAAUGACUUCAGGAAUCGUGAGGAGAGUAGUCAAGGUGCAGAAGAUACAGAAAAGAAAAAUCAGGUUCUCCUGGUUCAGGAACAAGAAGAGAACUCAGGUUUACAAGACUGGAGUUUCGUCAGUGAAACCGAGCGACAGGCUCUUCCAUUUGAGCAGCCUGCCACUGGUGAGGAUGACAUUGCCAUUACUAAUGACAACACAGAGAUGUGCUAUAUGGAGUCCUUCAUGCAAAUCAAGUCAGAGGGAGAAGGUGAAAGUGGAGUAAAGACACACUCUGACUAUUUCCCCCUUGUCACAGACAAACCACUGCUUGAACCAUCCAAAGAACAAGGCCUGGAAGAAGAGCUCCAUGAAAUACCAUCAACAGAGACCCCACAUUCAGAUGUAUUUCCAACUGAAUCAAAUUUGACUGAAGAACAGGCCUUUACAAAAGAGGAAGAUGAGCAGUCAAAUCUGUCAAUGCUCACUCAUGCAGAUUUCACGGACAACCUUUCUCAACACAGUGGGCUGAACAGUCGGCCAGAGAGCCAGACCAACAUAGCCAACUCAGACUUGGAAGAGUCCAACAGCUCAGAAGAUGAAUCUCCUAAUGCUAGCCAGUGCUCUCAGCUCCUUAGCCAUGCAGCAGUGUCAACCAAGCUUUUAGACUUCAGCAAUGCUGCUACAUCUGGUGAAGCCUCAAAGAAUGAUUCAGUGUCCUUCACAGGCCUUCUGGAGGAGGUGAUGAAAGAGAGGUUUGAGGAGGAGAGCAUUGAAAAUUACAGCACUUCUCAGGCAGCAGAAUGGGAGAGGAUAAGUCAAAACAAGGAGGAAGAGCAAAUUUUAGUGGACAACAGCAGCAGUGGAAUGCACGGAAAUACUAGCAGUCUUCCUCAAAUGCAAGAAUGGGAGGAUUUGGACCAUCCAGACAUCACAGGAGCAUCCAAUAACAUCCUCAUUGGUACGACUAUGGAGGACAACAAAGCAUCAGGAAAGGAGGAUAUUUUCCAAGGCAGUGUCCUAAAUGAAGAACCUCAAACCAAGGAAAAAGAAAAUGACCUUCACAGCUUCUUUACAUCAAGCAUAAAGGAAGACAUCUGGAGUGCAACAAAAUUUGAGAUGGCUGCUACAUUUGACUCAAAUGAGCCAAUAGACACAACAAACACUAUUCAUCCAAACCAGAGCAUGACCUUUGAGGAGGACUGGGGAGAGCUGGGGAGCCUGAAAGCAGCUAAUGGGAAACCUGAGAAAGAGAUGAGCAUCUCUACAGCUCAAUCAGAAGAGGAGGAGGAAAGGGAAGAGCAAGAGAUGCCACAGGCAAAACAGCUCCAGUGUCAAGAUGUGAAAGGUGGACAAGUGGAGGCUGUCCAGUCAGAUGACUCUGUUGAUGAUGGAGACUCCUGGUCCUCUGGUGAGGCGUAAUGCUACUCUAAAAGCAUUACCGUCCCCACACACUCACAGACUUUCAAUUUAGUUAUAUUUAUUUAUCUUUUUUGCUGCAGCAUAUAUAACACUAAUUGAUAACCAAAGGCUGAAUCUAGGAAAGGAAAAUUAAAGUAUAAACACUGCAUAUUUGUGCCUUGCUAAUAAAAAUGUAUCUGCUUAGUAGCUUUAUGUCUUCACAAGGAAAAUUUGCAUUGCAUGAGUUCUCUUCACAGUGAAUUUCCAUGAAACACCUCAAAUUUUAAGAAAUAAACUGAAUCAGAUGGUA